UAUGACUAGGGAAGAAGAAAUAGAUUUUCACACCGUUAUGAGGAUAGUUUGUCUUCUCUUUUUAUUUUAUAAUACAGAAUUUGUUGAAUCUUAUGGGAAAAUAAUAACUAAAACGCUAUCAAUCGAUGAUCCUAUAUUAGAAUGCCCUAAGGGUUCCGUUAUUAAUAUUGUAAGUACGCCUUUUACGGAAGAACCAAGGAGGAGUGACUGUUAUCAUGAAAUGCUAUUAGCUGAUAAUGUAACAUUUCAAAGUAUUUUAUUCAGAUGUAACUUUGAAAGAGAAUGUGAUACAAGCGAUACCUUUUAUCGAAAAUAUCCUUGCUUUCUUUAUAGCCUUCAUUCGUUUGAAGUUGAUUUUGAAUGCUCAACAAAACACCCUUCAAAAAGUUUAAUUCUCCCUACUGAUUAUUCUUUUAACUUGAACUGUGAAAAUAAUAAAUUGAUACGAAUUAAUGACGUUUGGACUGACUUUCAAAUAUGUUCCGAUGAGUACGUUUGGGACGAAUCUAGGGUUGGACAUAUAGAGAGAUGCGAUAUUGAUUGCAGAUUUUUUAUUAAAAUUAAAGUACUUAAAGAGUAUGUUUACUUUAACAGUUUGUUUAUUAAAAUGUCUACAGAACAGUUUAUUAUAGAAACGACUGCUAAAUUAUCGGGUACUACUACUCUUAAAACCACUACAGCACAAAAUUUUAUUAAAUUUACUACGACAAACCCUCAAUUGAAGGCAAUUGACGAAAAUAAUGAGAGUAUGCAAUCAAAUUCACUUUUGACAGAUAAACCAGACUUAUCAACUAAGCCUUCUAAAGAAAUAACACAAGAUUUGAAUAAAAAUGAUGGAGAGAUGAAAACUUCGUUUAUCACACCUAAAAAUGCACUUAAGCAGACCAGUUCAAAGUCUCAAAGUUUAAUUAAAUUAUCUACUAAACAUGUUAUUAAAACAACUAGUACCGAUAAUGUACGACAAUCAUCAAUAAGACAGGAAUUAAAAAAAACUAGUAUACAACCGGUUACAAUUACGACUAAUUCUUUGCAGACAAAAUUCCACAGUCCAAAAUUUACAACAUAUAAGAAUGAAUUAAAUACCGAAGUGUCUUCUAAAAAUAUCAUAACGGAAAUUUUAAACAAUGUUCGGGGAUCGACAAAAGAGAAGCUGAGUUCGAUACAAGCGAUAAGCGAAGAGAAUAUUGCAACUAUCCAACCAACCCUUGAUAAAAUAUUAUCUCUGAACACUAACACUAUAUACAAGAAAAAGGAAACUGAUCAUCUCAAUAGGAGAACUCAGCCUAUUCACAACUCUGAAUCAAGUAGGAGUUCUUUUAUACCAAAUGAAGUUGCUAAUGCGUUGACUAUCCUCACUCCUCCAGAAAUGGAAGUAUAUUUGUCAAAAGCAGGAAAAACACAUAUAAAAGCAGGAUUUUCAACCGAACCUUCAUCAAUUACAGAUGUAUCUCAACAAAACACAUUAGCAAACAACAUUAUUACAACAACUGAGACUACGGCCAAACCUAUUGACGUACAUAAAACUAGAAAAAAAGAUACAGCUGUAUCUACAAGUGAACACAGUUCAACAACAAGUGCCUUUUCAACAACUGAUUCUAGAUCAAAAGUUGUCAUAAUAGAAGAAGAAAAACUGCAAACACCAAAUUCUGCAGAAAGAAAAGACCCUGCAACAGACACGUAUUCUUCUGUGCGAAAAAGGCCAAAAGUUAUAUUAGAUAAAGACAGAGUUCAAGAAAGAUCGACUACCUCAGUUGAAGAUAGUGGAAGGUUAAUCAAACCUUCUUCUGUCAGAGCCAACAAUCAUGUAACCAACGUCUUUACACCAGUAGGGGAAAGACCAACGAGUGCUUCAGUGGAAGACAGUGGAAGGUUAUAUGAACCUUCUUCUGUCGGAGCCAACAAUCCAGUAACCAAUGUCUUUACAUCAGUAGGGGAAAGACCAACGAGUGCUUCAGUGGAAGACAAUGGAAGGUUAUAUGAACCUUCUUCUGUCGGAGCCAACAAUCCAGUAACCAAUGUCUUUACAUCAGUUGAGGAAAGACCAACUAGUGCUUCAGUGGAAGACAAUGGAAGGUUAUAUGAACCUUCUUCUGUCGGAGCCAACAAUCCAGUAACCAACGUCUUUACAUCAGUUGAGGAAAGACCAACGAGUGCUUCAGUGGAAGACAAUGGAAGGUUAUAUGAACCUUCUUCUGUCGGAGCCAACAAUCCAGUAACCAACGUCUUUACAUCAGUUGAGGAAAGACCAACGAGUGCUUCAGUGGAAGACAAUGGAAGGUUAUAUGAACCUUCUUCUGUCGGAGCCAACAAUCCAGUAACCAACGUCUUUACAUCAGUUGAGGAAAGACCAACGAGUGCUUCAGUGGAAGACAAUGGAAGGUUAUAUGAACCUUCUUCUGUCGGAGCCAACAAUCCAGUAACUAACAUCUUUACAUCAGUUGAGGAAAGACCAACGACUGCCUCAAUUGAAGAUAGUGGAAAGUUACAUGAACCUUCUUCUGUCGGAGCCAACAAUCCAGUAACCAACGUCUUUACAUCAGUUGAGGAAAGACCAACUAGUGCUUCAGUGGAAGACAAUGGAAGGUUAUAUGAACCUUCUUCUGUCGGAGCCAACAAUCCAGUAACCAACGUCUUUACAUCAGUUGAGGAAAGACCAACGAGUGCUUCAGUGGAAGACAGUGGAAGGUUAUAUGAACCUUCUUCUGUCGGAGCCAACAAUCCAGUAACCAAUGUCUUUACAUCAGUAGGGGAAAGACCAACGAGUGCUUCAGUGGAAGACAAUGGAAGGUUAUAUGAACCUUCUUCUGUCGGAGCCAACAAUCCAGUAACCAAUGUCUUUACAUCAGUUGAGGAAAGACCAACUAGUGCUUCAGUGGAAGACAAUGGAAGGUUAUAUGAACCUUCUUCUGUCGGAGCCAACAAUCCAGUAACCAACGUCUUUACAUCAGUUGAGGAAAGACCAACUAGUGCUUCAGUGGAAGACAAUGGAAGGUUAUAUGAACCUUCUUCUGUCGGAGCCAACAAUCCAGUAACCAACGUCUUUACAUCAGUUGAGGAAAGACCAACUAGUGCUUCAGUGGAAGACAAUGGAAGGUUAUAUGAACCUUCUUCUGUCGGAGCCAACAAUCCAGUAACCAACGUCUUUACAUCAGUUGAGGAAAGACCAACGAGUGCUUCAGUGGAAGACAAUGGAAGGUUAUAUGAACCUUCUUCUGUCGGAGCCAACAAUCCAGUAACCAACGUCUUUACAUCAGUUGAGGAAAGACCAACGAGUGCUUCAGUGGAAGACAAUGGAAGGUUAUAUGAACCUUCUUCUGUCAGAGCCAACAAUCCAGUAACCAAUGUCUUUACAUCAGUUGAGGAAAGACCAACGAGUGCUUCAGUUGAAGACAGUGGAAAGUUUAUCAAUCCUUCCUCUGUUGAAAAUAGCAUUCCUAGAACAAGUGCUUUUUCAUUAACGCAAAGGAUACCACACACUUUGUCAGCUGAUGUUGUUAGGAAAAUAUCUACACCUAACUACGCAGAGAUAUUUACAACGAAUGGAAUUAAAUCCAAAACUCUGGUAAUAGAUAAAACUGUAAAGAAAGCUACACCUCGUUCUCAGGAGAGUAACCACUCUCAAAUGAUUAGCAUUUCAACAACUGAAAGAAGACUGAUGACGAUAUUAAAAGAUGUUGUUGGAAAAGUAUCUAUCCCCAGAUCCGUACAGACAAGCUAUCCUAAAAUAAAUAUCGUUUCAACAACCAGUGAUAAAGCUAAGAUAGCAGUAACAGAUGUAGCUUGGCGUGAUAGGACUAAUAUUAAGCCCAAAUUAAGAGAUUUUACUCAAGCUGGCAUCUCGAAAGCUACUUAUGAAGAUCAGAAUAAUUCAUUUGAAUCUCUAGCUACGCAAGUUAAGAAAGCAACAAAAAAUAUAAAGGUUACUACAACGACAGCGUAUAGUGUCGAAAAAAUAUCACAACCAGUUUCUAGAAUAGGAAGGGAAGUUAUUUCAACGAAGUUGCCUGAUGACUAUUCUUCAGCUGGAUCAACUCCUUUGCCGAAAUUAACUAGCAAUAACUUAAUUUCGCCAAUAGUUUUAUCGACAAUGGAGAAAAAUCAAGAUCACUCCUUAAAUUUCAUAACAGAUAAACCCUCGACAAGGUCAGCUGAAACAAAUUGGCCAACAGCAAAGGAGAAUAUAAAAGAGGAGUCCUCUAAAAAGAUACAAUUAGAACAAUCGAAAUCAUUUACACAGAUAUUCCCUACAUCAACGAAUGGAAUAAAUCAACGAAUGGAUAAAACUUUUAUACUUGAGGAGUCAACUAUUGUAUCGACUACUAAAAUAUCAAUAACAAAAUGUCCAAGGGAAGUUAUAGAUGGUCUGGUUUGGAAAACUGUCUAUGUAUCACCUAAAGAGACACAAAAAGAAAGGCUACAAGAUUGUGUACUUUUGAUAAAGGCUGGAAGCGACCUAAUACUACCAGUUCUGAAACAGAACAAAGUAACAAAUUACAAUAUUGCUAGAAGGUUAGCUGAAGAAACAAUGAAUAAUUUAGAAUAUUCUGGAAAUAUCGAAGCAUUUGAAGAGAUUUUAUAUCUAAUAUCGAAAAAGAUUGAUACUACUAUUCCCAUUCAGAAUUCAGUUUAUAAUAUUUCUAGAGAUAUAAUAAAGUCGAUUAAUAAUCUGUUAAGUGGGGAAAAGGUUAAAAAGUGGAGAGAAGUGUAUAACUCUCGAAGAAUGAGAAUCGUUGAAAGUUUAGUGCAAAUUGCCGAAAGUACUGCAUUAAAUAUGAUUAAGAGUAAAUCGUUGAAUCAAACGAAUCUUUUAGUUAUUGCUGAUAAUUUAGUUAUAAGCGCCGAAGAGAUUAAUCAAAAAAAUGAUUCUACUGUUGAAAAGUAUAAAUUUUCACCAAAUUACAUCCGUAAACAUAGAAGAAAAGGAUAUACAAAUGAAUUUAUUAUUCCAAAAAAUUCAAUAAAAACUAAAAGUAAAAGAGUUGUUUUAAUUUUCGUUGAAUAUUCAAAUAUUGAAGAGAUGUUAGAGACGACUUUAAAAAAUAAUAAUACAGUUUUAAAUAGCAGAGUCAUUAGUGCUACGGCUAUUGACGGUUCAAAUUUCAAGCAGUUGAAAGUUUCGGGUGAUAUUUUCUUUAUAACUGAAAAUAGGAAGAAAAACUUGAAUGGUAAGACAUUAUGCUCGUACUGGAAUUUAGGGUCAAGGGAAAAUGUCGGGUCUUGGUCACAGUCAGGAUGUUCUUUCGUCAGAGAGGAGAGUAACAUUACUCAUACGAAAUGCAAAUGCAACCAUUUAACUAAUUUUGCUGUUCUAUUUGAUAUGCACGGAGUUGAAGAUACUGUAAAGAAAAGAAUGAAAUAUAUUCUCCAUAUAAAAAGAAUGAUUAAUCUCUUUCUUCCUUAA